UUUCUCAAACAUUAAUCUCUAAUUAUCCAUCCUCACCCGUUUCCAUCGCUGAAACAACAACGCCAAUGGCAACGCAGCAGGAAUCAGAGAUUCCCCCAAAUUUCUGGGGUCACACCCCCGAAGAAGAAUACUACACCUCCCAAGGAGUUCGCAAUACCAAAUCACACUUCGAAACACCCAACGGCAAAAUCUUCACACAGUCCUUUCUCCCACUCAACGCUGAAAUCAAAGCUACCGUUUACAUGACUCACGGUUACGGCUCCGACACCGGCUGGCUCUUCCAAAAAAUCUGCAUCACCUACGCCACCUGGGGUUACGCCGUCUUCACCGCUGAUCUCUUAGGUCACGGCCGUUCCGAUGGCCUCCGUUGCUACCUCGGGGACAUGGACAAAAUCGCCGCCACCUCACUUUCAUUUUUCCUCCACGUCCGCCGUUCUCCUCCCUACAACCACCUCCCAGCGUUUCUCUUCGGUGAGUCAAUGGGUGGUUUAGCUACAUUGCUGAUGUAUUUCCAAUCAGAACCCGACACGUGGACGGGUUUAAUAUUCUCAGCGCCGCUUUUCGUAAUCCCCGAGGAUAUGAAACCGAGUAAGAUUCAUUUGUUUGUGUACGGUCUUUUGUUUGGUUUGGCUGACACGUGGGCAGCGAUGCCUGAUAACAAAAUGGUCGGAAAAGCAAUUAGGGAUCCAAAUAAGUUGAAGAUUAUUGCUUCUAAUCCAAGGAGGUAUACGGGCCCACCUAGAGUAGGGACCAUGAGGGAACUUCUUAGAGUCACUCAAUAUGUGCAAGAUAAUUUCUGCAAUGUAACGGUGCCGUUUCUUACGGCACAUGGUACUGCUGAUGGUGUCACGUGCCCUUCUUCUUCUAAGCUGUUGUAUGAGAAAGCUGAAUCUAAGGAUAAGACUUUGAAGCUUUAUGAGGGGAUGUAUCAUUCUUUGAUUCAAGGGGAGCCUGAUGAGUCUGCUAAUCUUGUGUUAAGGGAUAUGAGGGAGUGGAUUGAUGAGAGGGUUCGUAGGUAUGGACCUAAUAAUGAUAAUUCUCAAUGAAAAACAAGGGUGGCUGUUGUGUUUUUUUUUCAUACAAUUUUUAGUUUGGAAUUACCUGGUCUCGAUAAUCAAGAUUUGAUUGAGGACUAUUGUUAUGACUAUAUUGAAAUUUUUAUGACUAUAUGAACGAACUGUGAUGUUGUUAUA